UGGCACCUGUCAAGGUUUAGGAUAUACGUAUUAGGCAAGUGAACAGUGAAUUCUUGAAUUUCAUGUGUUGUAAACAAGGAAAUAAGGGUCAGAGCAUCUCCAAAACGGCUUGUCUUGUGGGGUGUUCAGUGGUUAUGGUAUGAAGAGAUGGCAGCAGGAUGCACUAUGGGAAGAAGUUAGCCCUGCGGAAGCUGUGCUAUGCAAUGUUCUGCUGGAAAACCUCGGGUCCUUGCAUUCAUGUGGAUGUUACUUUGAUGGCAGUGGCCCCUUUCAGCACGAUGCACCGUGCUACACUGCAAAAAUUGUUCAGGAAUGGUUUGAGGAACAUGACGAAGAGUUAAAGGUGUUGCAUUGGCCUCCAAAUUCCCCAGAUCUCAAUCUGAUUAAGCAUAUAUGGGAUGUGCUGGUCCAACAAAUCUGAUGGAGACCCCACCCCGCACCUUCCAGGACUUAAAGGAUCUGCUGCUAAUAUCAUAGUGCCAGAUACCACAGGACAUUUUUCUCAAAUUGUAAACCUCUUUUCUUUUUGAGAAUAUCCCCAAAAGGAGGUUUUGAAGCUCUUACUGGUAUGCCUAAAGCAGCUUUUGCAAUUUAUCUUAUUAUUUUGAUAAUCAACAAGCAAUAACACAAGACCUCCACUGGAGGGCGACGUAGGAUUUACAUUCCAUACGCCAAGAUCCGCUAGUCUGAGGCGCACUGUUAACUGUUGACUGAAAUUGAGUCUGCUACUCUUGUAAUUCUCCCUCCCUUUCUAUAAUCACCCCACCCUCUGUGCUAACACUCUUAAAGAACAGUCUACCCACGCGACUCGCUCAUCAGAGCUACAGCGCGCUUUCCAGUGACUACAGUUUCACGCGCACAGGGCAUUCUCUCACAGAGGCGCGCGCAGAUACAGGCAAUGGGUGCGCAGACUAUUUCAGCGUAGUAAGCUUUAAGAGCCUUUUAAUAAUUUAUGGCACAAGGUGUAAGUCUUUUUUAAUAUACACUGAAUGCAAUAUUGUUAAUAAAUAUAGUUUUACAGUGAUUUAGAAAGCUAUACUCCUACCAGUUCUCGCGGGCCGUUUUGACUAUGGAUUUACAUAGAAUGAAUGAAACUCAGAUCCCGUUUUGGGAAUGCUCAGGAACUCCUGACAAUUCCAGCGUGAACAGCUCUGCGUUAAGCGUGGAAGUUAACGCCACCUGUAGCAAUGCGUCAAUAAUUCAGAAAUUCAAGCCCACACGACCAAAAGAAAUGGACUCGGUGAGGAUUAUCCUUUACUCACUUGUCUUUCUCCUGAGUGUAUUUGGGAACUUGCUGAUCAUUGUGGUCCUGAUAGUCAACAAGAGAAUGCGGACCGUCACCAACUCCUUCCUGCUCUCACUGGCCAUUAGUGAUCUCAUGAUGGCCAUCUUCUGCAUGCCCUUUAAUCUCAUCCCCAGCCUGCUGGAGGACUUCAUUUUUGGAGCCGCGAUGUGCAAGACCGUCGCCUAUUUCAUGGGUAUAUCUGUCAGCAUCUCCACCUUCAGUCUAGUGGCCAUUGCUAUUGAAAGAUACAGUGCCAUUUGCAACCCGCUGAAGUCAAGGGCAUGGCAGACCCGUUCUCAUGCCUACAAGGUCAUCGCAGCCACAUGGGUACUAUCUGUGGGUAUCAUGGUGCCCUAUCCUGUGUUUAGUAUGUUGGUGCCAUUCAACAAGCCGAACAACAUCACGGCUCACAUGUGCAGGCUUGACUGGCCCAACAGUCAAGUGGAACAGACUUGGUACGUCUUGUUGCUCUUCAUUCUGUUCUUCGUCCCAGGUGUCGUGAUGAUAAUUGCCUAUGGUCUCAUAUCCAGAGAACUUUACAGAGGGAUUCAGUUUGAAAUGGAGCAGAAGAAAGACUCCAGUGGUGUAAAGAAUGGGUUGAAUGGUGCACUGUCUCCUGGCCACGAUGAGAGUGAUGGAUGUUACAUCCAGGUCCCAAAGAAGCCCCCUGCUAUGGAACUUUCUGCUCUGACCACCUCAGGCACCGUCAAGACAGAACGUCCACGGAGCAACACCUCAGAGGCCAAGCUCAUUGCUAAGAAAAGAGUGAUACGAAUGCUGAUCAUUAUAGUUGCCAUGUUCUUCAUAUGCUGGAUGCCACUGUACUCUGCCAACACCUGGAAGGCUUUUGAUCAAACGUCAGCCCAGCGCGCUCUUUCCGGAGCUCCCAUUUCCUUCAUUCAGCUGCUGUCCUAUACCUCAGCCUGCGUCAACCCCAUCAUCUACUGCUUCAUGAACACCCGCUUCCGCAAGGCUCUCUUGGUCACGUUCGGGUGUUGCAGGCGGCCGUGCCACAACCGGAGGAAGAGGAGGGAAGGUGAUGAUGACAUCACUGGGUUCACUGGGGCAUCCAUAACAAAGUUCAGUUAUACCACCGUUAGCACGUUAUCCUACAUGAAGAUGUAUCAGGUGGGCAAGGCAAUUCAGUCAUCAACGGAAUCAACAGUCUCUUGGAAAUCUUCACCCCAGCUGAUGUGAUGCAGUGGUCAACAUGCUGCAUUACAGGUUGGAUUUUUUGAAAGACCCCACCUAGAUGCUCUGGGAAAUAAUGAAAUAAAAGGAAAAUAAUAAAC